UUCUGAAAAUCAGAGUAUUUAAGACAUUAUGUUACAUAGCGAUUUGUGGAGAUAAAUGCCCUCGGACAGUAGCGUUCAUUUCAUAUUAAGUCUCUUUAAGUCAUUGUUUUAUGUUAUGCAGGAUGAAUGUGCGAAUUUUAAUUAAUCAUCCUUUAAGGGUUAUAUGCUUACGGUGUUGUAUACUAUUCUCGGUGAACAAGUUAACUUAUAAAAGUCUGUUCCUCUAAUUAUAGAAUAAUAUAUAGAAUAAUUAUACAAGAGCUAUAAUUAUUAUGAUGUUAUUAUUUAAUUGUGUGGGCCGUGUUGCUUGAUUACAUUUGACUCUUCGGCACGUGGGACGCUGCCGGUUUGAAAGACGCAGCUUCACUUGUUUUCUGCACCAAGAUGACGAGAAACAAACGAAUUGCAAAAGCUGUCAGCUGGAGCAACGAUCGAUACUGGGCAACUUGGGACAAGUGGAUGGAAGUGAUUGACUGGGAAGAUGAGGAAGAGCUGUGCUCCCCAGCAGAAUCACCCUCUGACCAGGCUGACCGUUCCAUCGUGUCACACACCCGAAAGCCAAUUGCCAAGGCAGUUAGCUGGACGGAUGAUGUGUAUUGGGCAGCCUGGGACAAGUGGGAUGAGAUCAUCUGCUGGGGUGAAGAAGGAGAGUGCUCCCCAGCAACUCCACCCAUCAACCAGCCUGGGAGGGAUAAGGGGUUAGACAUGCAUGGGUUAGAGGUUUUUCUGUUAAAUGAAAGGACAGUCUCCAUAAAGCCUGCAGAUGACCACCAAGACAGGCUGAAAAUAGGAGCCAUAGUGGUCGACCUCUGCCAGUUUGAGCUAGAUGGUGUAAAUGAUAAAUUUGAAAUUGUCGAAAUACAAAUUGGAGAGGUCAAAUUGGAGGAGACUGCAGAGAGGGGUUUUAAUUCAGAAUUUGAAUUGGAAAUUAUGGAUGUGGAGAUAGAGGUUGUAGACAGUGAAUUCCAGCUGAAUGCUCUUAAUUGGGAAAUUGCUGGAACUAAAGUGGACAAAUUAUUAGUGGAACACCUGAACAUAAAUAAUCUAGAAGCAGGCAGUGUGAAGGUGUCCACAUCAAAUGGGAAUGUGGUAUAUGUCAAUGGUAUGUGAGUGUGUUUGGUAAUGAUGGGUGUGAAUGGUGUGUGUAAGUGGUGUGUGUGUGUGUGUGUGUGUGUAUGAGAAUGGUGAUUGAAUGGUGUGUGUGAGGUAAUGGCAUGUGUGAGUGAGUGUGAGUGGUAAUGGCGUG